CCCAGGCUGACACGGUGACACCCCACCAGUCAGUCAGGCCCAGGCACAGCCAUGGACGCCGGCGCCGCGCGGCCAUCGGCACCGUCGGCCACCGCCGCAGCCGCUGCCGCGGGGGCGUCCGUAGCGGACGAGCCCAGGGACGCGCGGGUGGUGCGGGACCUCCUGCGGUCGAUGGGGCUCGGCGAGGGCGACUACGAACCGCGCGUGGUGCACCAGUUCCUCGACCUGACCUACCGCUACGUUGGCGACGUGCUUGGGGACGCCCAGGUGUACGCCGAACACGCCGGCAAGUCCCAGAUCGACGCCGACGACGUCCGCAUCGCCAUCCAGGCCAAGGUCAACUUUUCCUUCUCCCAGCCACCGGCCCGCGAGGUUCUUCUUGAGUUGGCGCGCAGCCGAAACAGAAUCCCGCUGCCCAAGUCAAUUGCUCCUCCUGGCUCAAUUCCCCUGCCACCUGAGCAGGACACACUUUUGGCCCCAAACUUCCAGCUCCUACCGCUGUUGAAGCCACCACCACAAGUUGAGGAAACAGAAGAUGACAAUGAAGAAGCCAACCCUAGUCUGACCCCAAAUCCUGCAAAUCCUAUUCCAAACUACUCACAGGAUCAGGGGGGCAACGAGCAGCAGCACAACAUUCAGCAUGGUCAGAGGGUUUCUUUCCAACUCAAUGCUGUGGCAUCUGCAGCUGCGAAACGUCCACGGAUGACCAUGGAGCAGCUGAACAUGGGCUAGCCGGCCGUCGUUGGUUGGAUUGUUGUACUUCUUUCCUCAGCAUACAAGUCUGAUUCUGAACAAGAAAAGCUUCCUGUUGUAGUGGUGUAUUCUUAUUGGCAAGCCCUCCUAUUUAACCACGAGAUGUGCAGUGCAUCAGUAACAUAAGUUUCUGCCUGCAAAAACGUUGCUUUGGGACAGGAACUGUGCUAGUAGUGUGUGUUGUACUUGUUCACUGUAGGUUAAUUUCUGCUUCACGUGUAUCUAAGUCUACAUAUCGCCUCAGUGUUUUUUCUUCUUUUAACAAUCAUUGUUUGCACA